UUCAGCAUCAGACUUGAUCAGCCUAUCAUCAUUGAGAUAUAGCAGCUGACUAUUGAUAUUAUGGUGCCAGCAUGGUAUCUCGCGAAGGCCUUGGCCGCCUUUGCGCUGGUGACGAGCGUGCAUGGACAGUAUGGAAAGUCAGCUGACUUGCCUCUGCUACUUGAUGCGACCGCAGAGGAGCUAACGGCAGGGCUCGAUGCGGGAGAUUUCACAAGCGUGGAUCUGGUUCACGCUUAUGUAGGACGCAUUCUUCAGGUCAACUCAACCCUUCACAUGGUCACUGAGAUCAAUCCAGAUGCAUGGAAGAUAGCGAAAGAGUUGGACGAGGAACGCGCAUGUGGCAAAACCCGAGGUCCACUUCAUGGCCUUCCCAUUCUCAUCAAGAACAACAUUGCCACCGCAGACCAAAUGAACAAUACCGCAGGCUCAUGGUCCCUCGUUGGUGCCCGUGUGCCUCGGGACGCAACCGUAGCUGCCAAACUUCGCGCAGCAGGCGCCAUUCUCCUCGGCAAAGCGAAUCUUUCGCAGUGGGCCAACUUCCGCUCUGGAAACUCUUCGAAUGGUUGGUCUGCGUAUGGUGGCCAGACAUACGGCGCGUACUACCCCGGCCAAGAUCCGAGUGGAAGCAGCAGCGGCAGUGGUGUUUCUGCGAGUCUCGGGUUGGCAUUUGGCACGUUGGGCACAGAGACCGAUGGAAGUAUACUCUCGCCGAGUCAGCUGAACAAUAUCGUGGGUCUCAAACCUACUGUAGGUCUUACGAGCAGGAGCCUCGUCAUCCCCAUUUCGGAGCAUCAGGAUAGCGUUGGACCGAUGGCGCGUACAGUCAAAGAUGUUGCAUACAUUCUCCAAGCCAUUGUGGGACCAGAUCGAUACGAUAACUACACUAGCGCCAUUCCAUGGGCUUCAAAGGCAUCGAAUAAUUCGAUCCCGGACUAUGUAGCCGCCUGCACUCUCGAUGCUCUUAGAGGCAAACGUAUCGGCGUGCCGCGCAACGCUAUAGGCUCUCGCACCAACGCCUCGGCACCCAUAUUUGAUGCCUUCGAAGCUGCACUUGGUGUUCUCCGUGAAGCCGGCGCGACUGUCGUUGAAAAUACAAAUUACACCGCGUACACAGAGUACUUGAAUUCCACUGCCGAAGGCACAGUCUUAGAUGGGGAUUUCAAGCCCAAUCUAGCCGCUUAUCUGUCUCAGCUCACCUUCAACCCGCAAGGUGUGAAGACGUUGAAGGAUGUGCGGAACUUUACACGAACAUUCCCGCUGGAGGAAUAUCCGAGCAGAGACACGGCAUCAUUUGAUGAAGCACUCUCUCUCAACUUCAGUAACACCGAUUAUGAGUUCUGGGCCGCCUAUCAAAAAGACCUAUACCUGGGCGGGGAAGGCGGUCUCCUGGGCGCCUUGUCUAGACAUGACCUUGACGCUGUUGUCCUACCUUCACGCAGCGCAUCCGGCAUCUCGGCUAUCAUAGGUGCGCCUGUUAUUUCCGUACCGCUAGGUGCAUUGCCACCAAACACGACAGUGGUAAAGAAUGAAAGAGGGACACUGAAUGCAACGGCGCCGAACAUUCCUUUCGGUCUGGCGUUUGCCGGAGCACACUGGUCAGAGGCAAAUCUUAUUGGCUUUGCGUACGCAUUUGAACAGCGGACAAACGUGCGGAGGAAGGUAAAGCCGUAUAUUGAGCCGAGCAUUGAGUUGGUGGAUGUUGUUGGGGCGUAAGAAACCUGAUCAAGUUCAGUCUCAAUAGAGACGUUCUCUCGCAAACAACGAAUCAAGAUCUAUGCGAUACAGUGUUCGGACGAGAAACGGGUGACGGGGGCAACGAGUAGCAGCGACCACAGCAAUAGAAAUAUGAGUAGUCUGCCAAUAUGGCAUGGUAUCCGCCGACCGACAAUUCAAUCGCCGAGCUCUCUUGGAAUAGGACAAGCUUUUUUUCCGCGUAUACUAAUCGCUGGCAUACCCGGAAAAUCAGAUUGCGGGGUCCCGUCUUGGAAACCUCCGUAUAGAUUGAGCCUGCCUUGCACAUACAUUCACGCUAACCCUGGCAGGCAUACCAUGCAAGUGUAGCCUACUUCAUUCGACCACACCUAAAUGCACCG